AAUUAAAUUACGUAUAAUUUUCCCAAAUUUAUUUUGGCAGUCUAUCCAUAAACUUUCAUGGUGCUGCACCUGCACGUAAACAUGGAAGCGCUUCUCUCUUCUUCGACAGCCGCCGCCGUAGCGGCGUUUCCACCAAUCUUAGCCAAACCUCUCACAAGCUCACAUUGCAAAGUUCCCUUUCUCUCCCUCUCCUUCCCCGCCCGAGACCUCAGCUCUCCCAGUUCUACUCUUUCAUCUUCUAUUUCGACAACUGUCAGAGCACAAAUUGCUUCAGCUACCACUUCUUCGACGGCCCAGUCUGGAAAAUUCAGUUCUGGCAGUCAUAAUCGGCAUUGGAUGGUGGUGGUGGAAGCCCCGCCGCGGGAGCUGACUGCUAGGUCUCGAAUUAUUGAUUACUAUGUAAGCAAAGUUAAAAGCGUUUUGGACAGUGAGAAGGAUGCUCAGAGGUGUAUAUAUGAUGCUUCCUGUGAUACCCAUUUUGGUUUUUGCUGUGACAUUGAUGAAGAAAGAGCUAAUGAACUAGCAAGUGUGCCUGGAGUAUUAUCUGUUAAGCCAGACCCUGAUGUUGAUUCCACGCACAAAGACUACAGCUCUUCGAGUGUUGAAUUGCAUACUGGUUCGAGGCCUUUGUGUGGAAGCACGCUACUGUUUCCUGCUGGGACUACCAAACAGUGGCUCGUUCGCAUGGAGAGACCAGCAAUUGGAGCCAUCAGAAAGGCACAAGUGGUUGAUUAUUACGUUCAAGUCUUGGUGAGAGUUUUAAGGAAUGAGAAUGAUGCUCAGAUGUGUAUGUACGACAUUUCCUGGCAAUCCAACUAUGGUUUCUGCUGUGAACUAGAUGAUGAGUGCGCUCGAGAGUUGGCUGCUGUGCCUGGUGUUCUAUCAGUCCGGCCAGAUGCAAACUUCGGUUCAGACAAUAAAGAUUAUGCAGGUGAGAAUCCCGGAGCCUCUGAGGAUUCUUCAGCUUCAACUCCGGCUACCAAUAUUAGAACAAAGAAGCUCUUUGUCACCGGUCUAUCCUUCUACACGUCUGAGAAAACUUUACGUGCAGCGUUCGAGGGUUUUGGCGAACUUAUUCAAGUUAGAAUCAUAAUGGACAAGAUUUCCAAGAGGUCGAAAGGCUAUGCUUUUGUGGAAUACACUACUGAAGAGGCUGCAAGCAGUGCUCUCAGAGAAAUGAAUGGGAAGAUCAUCAACGGCUGGAUGAUAACAGUCGAUGUUGCCAAGACGAACCCACCAAAGUACAGCAGGGGCCGGACAGGAGCUACUGCUGCAUCUUGAUCUUCUGCAUGUCCGCAGACCGACAGAAGGUAUCGCUGCAGUGAAGCCGGAGCUGAUUGUAUCAGCCGUCGUCAUUUGCUCAUCCCAUCAAGAACUCAAGAGGAGACGACGGGCAGCAUGAUACUGAGGUUAGAGACGGUCUUUAGAGAGCGUGAGAAUGCAAAAUUUAUGGGGUGAUGAUGCAUUGCCAAUCCAUCUCGAGAAGUUACCGUUUACAUGAAAUGUACGAGGUUGUAAAUCACUGUGUUUGGACUCGUGAUUUUUUGAAGUUGAUGUUGGUUUAUUUCUGCAAGUUGUGUUCAUGUAAAAUGGAAUCAUAAUUUACUUAAGUGGUGAUCUAUCUAUUAACUGUAAGUAAUAAAUUGAGAAAUUAUUGUCUGUAAAA